AUGGGCAUCAUUCAUGAGAAGGCGCACUACGCCCUUGCUAUCGCUCUCGUUGCCUUCCUGAUACGCGCUUUUGUCCUUAGCCACUGGAACACCAUCAGGAGGAACGGAGAGCGUCUAAAAAUACCGCCCAACACCUUACCUCUUGUGGGAAAUGGUCUCCAGUUCCUUCAGUCCAGAUGGAAACUCUUCAGUUGGUUCGACGCCUGCCAGCGCAAGUUUGGUUACGAGACAGUCGCUCUCUCUGUUCCCACCCUACCUCCUGGAGUGCUCAUUCAUGACCCUCGGAACUUGGACUUUGUGUUCAAGAAUGAGGGAGUUUUUACCAAGGGCAAUUUCGUCAAAGGCCGAACCUGGGAUCUCUUUGGCAACGGCAUCAUCAACGCCGAGGGCGACUUUUGGAAAGUCCAAAGAAAAGCAGGUCUCAGCUUUCUCAACACCGCCAACUUGCGAGUUCUUACAGAUGUCGCACUUCCCCAGUAUCUCUCAGAAAGCAUUGCCCAACUUAGGUCAAGCACCAAUGGUACCGUGGUCGACCUACAGCAUGUCUUCCAUGAGAUUACCACCAAACUGAUGGGCAAGAUGGCGUAUAAUAUGAAAAUGCAAGCAGACGACGAGUUUACCGUAUCAUUUGACCACGCCUCAGGCGGCACUGCUGAGCGAUUCCAGAAUCCCCUGUGGUUUGUGACCGAAAUCUUCCUGGGCGCAAAACUUCGAAAGUCCAUUGCCGUCGUGAAGGACUUCGGGAGACGUAUCGUCACCAAGGCCGUACAAGACCGCCAAAACCAAAAUUCCCACGAAAAAGGGUUCGGGGAGGAAGAGGAAAAGCUUGAUCAAAUAUCGGGCAGUCUUAUCCAGUCCCUACUCGAUGCCAUCCAGGACGAGCAAAUGGUAGCCGAUGCUGCCUUAACCUACCUCUCUGCCGGCAGAGACACGACCGGUCAAGCCUUGACGUGGACCUUCUACCUCUUGAUGAGACAUCCCAGAGUCGUUGCCAAGAUCCGCGAGGAAGCUGCGCAACUGCUGAAAGACAAGGACGUUGCGCUCGCCCAAGACCAGUUCGACUCCUCGCUUUUCAACCCCGUCACCAUGCCCUACAGCAUGGCGGUGUUCUACGAGGUCCUUCGUAUCUAUCCGCCUAUCCCCUUUGAGAUCAGACAGUGCAACGAAGACGUAACGCUUCCUGAUGGCACCUUCCUCCCCAAGAGCUCGAUCUUGGUAUGGUGCUUGUGGGCAAUGCAGCGAUCAAAGCUCACAUGGGGUGAUGAUGCCGACGAGUUCAAGCCAGAACGAUUCCUUGACGGGAAUAACAAGCUGAUAUCAAGGAACGCGUCCGAGUUUCCAGUCUUCUACGGCGGACCGAGGACAUGUCUGGGAAGGAAGAUGGCAGAAGCCAUUGCUGCACAGGUCAUCCCGACCAUGGCCUGCCUGUUUGACUUCGUCCCUUCUAGCAACGAGGAAAGGACAAGCAAGACGAGUCUGACACUUCCUAUGGAGGGCGGCCUACCCGUGACCGUUCAGACCAGGGCUGAGGAAGAGUGA